ACCAAUAGGAUCACAGGGCACACGAUGUUUAUACCAGCCCCCACCACCGUACAAGGCGACUGUUUUGACCAUCAUGGUGUGGGAGGUGGUGACCAGUGAGCCCACACAUCAGAGCGGUGGACGCACAGCAGUGGUGAUGGAUACAGGUGGAGAACAGUUACCUGAGCUGCUCUGCUGUGAGGAACGCCUCCCCUGCUCCCCCGCAUUACCCACCAGCGACAGCUACAUGGAGUACGACGACCUGCCGGACCUGCAGGAGGUUCAGGAGGAGGCGGAGCCAGCAGUCUACCAGGUGGACGUGGGUGUGUCCCACCAGCAGCGACAUGCACACACACACCCUCCUGACACACACUGGCUGACACAGCUGGCCCACAUCGCCACCGGGCCUCAGAGCCCCCUGCUGCCGGAGCCGGCCCCCAGCAGCUCCAGCCUCUCCAGCCCCAGCAGUAAUCUACAUUCCUACGCUCGGCCUCCCCCCUCUCUCCCCAGCAGCACCCCGUCGCCCCCCAGAGGUCGUGGCAGGGAGCGCCUCCGCACCAGGAGGGAACCAGCUGUGUCCUCCAGAUCCUCUCCGUCUGACGAGGAAGACGUCGGCUGGAGCUUCUCCUGCCCCCCCACCACCUGGCACUGCUUCCUCAAAGGGACUCGUCUGCGUUUCCACAGUGGCUCAAAGGUGGACUGGCAGGACGUGGAGGACCUGGACUGUGCUGAGGAAGACUCUGGUGACGAGGAAGGAUCCAGGUCUCUGAAGGGUUAUGGCCCCGAGGGUCUGCAGCUGGUGGAGCAUUCAGAGACUGUGUUGUCCGGUCAGGCUGUGCUACAGCUGACCUUUGACCCCGGGGCGCUCGGACAAGCUGUCAUGAGCGCCCGCUGCCAACUUGACCACCCCUUCUACGUCCGAAACAAAGGGUGGUCGUCAUUUCACCCGAGCCUGACCGUGGUGCACUAUGGGAUACCGUGCUAUGAAAUGGAGGUGGGUGAUGUGUGCCUUCCUCCAGGACACAGAGAAGCCAAACACACCGACGACUCGCUGGUUUUUGACACAUUUAAGAGUUACGACUUCACUCCUCUGGACUCCUCUGCCGUCUACGUGCUGAGCAGCAUGGCCAGGCGGCGGCGUGCCUCCCAGUCCAGCGGCUCUCCAGACAGAGACGCAUUACGAGACGCCCACAGUCCCGGCCCCUCCCCCUCUCCAUGUCUCAAGCCAACCAAAACCCAGCAAGCCAGCGCAGCAGGAAGUAAUAAUGCCCCGCCCACUAAGUGCAAGCGGCCAAUGAACGCCUUCAUGCUGUUCGCCAAGAGGUUCAGGGUGGAGUACACACAGAUGUACCCCGGCAAGGACAACAGGGCGAUCAGCGUCCUGCCUUUGGGGAAGGGCAUGUGGAAGAAAGCCUGCAGAGGAGGAAACGGGAGCGUUCACGUGGCAGGCCAAAGCCCUCGCCUGACGGCAGAAAAGAGACUCCAACCAGACUGGGCUGGAAACGCAAACCGAACCAACUCUGGUUGUCAGUGAAAUGAAGCUGGGCAGGAAGAGGAAACCUGUAGGCAGCACGACCACCACCACACACACACACACCACACACACACACACACACAACACACAC